AAGGGGGGGAAGGCAUCCUGGCAGGGGAAGGAGCAGGUGAUGGUUUCUUCCACUUUAAAGUGGGAGCCACAAGAGCACCCACCUUAUGGAGUGCAUGUGGCUAUUCAGUGAGGGAUCACAUAAGGAGCCCCGCCUGUCCUAGAUAGUGGAUCAAUAUUAGCUAUUAUCAGUUAGGAAACACACAUGUUCUUGACCUCAAGGAAUUUCCAGAACAUGUCUUCCAUCUUUUCUUCUGUGUUUGGUUUUAUUGCUUCCGUAGCUUCUCAGAUGGCAGUCUCCUUGUCUGAUUAUCUUCUCCUUGUGCCCCAACAGGAGGACAGGACUCUGACUUGGCUUGGGAGUGAGUUGGAGUGAGGCUGAAUCUCUUCUGCAAUACUUCCUUCCAGCUGAGACACAGACACAACUGUAGGGAAACCCUCAGAUCCCACUGCUGGCACCAUGACCUCGGAAGGCCGUGAACUCUCUCCAGAGAACAAAAGUUUUAUUGAGGAUGCUAUUGAGUAUUUCCAGGACACGGUGAAUCGAGAGGUACUGCACUUCCUGCUGAUCAACCAUGAAACCUGGGAGAAAUUUGUGGCUGAGACCUCAUUGUCCAGGGAAGACGCCGAUGCGCUACGUGAAGGUCUGAAUGACCUGGAAGGAGACAUGGAUAUUGAAGAUGAAGGCCAGGCUAGGGAGAAGUUUUUGAAUGUGUUUCCCCAGGUGAAAGUGGAGCUUGAGGGGUACAUAAAAAGGCUCCGUGAGUGUGCAGAUGAGGUUGACCAGGUCCACGAGGGCUGCACCAUCACCAAUAUAGUAGCCAGCUCCACUGGUGCUGCGACUGGCCCUCUGGGCAUUCAUGGUCUGGGUCUGGUACCCGUCAUAGGGGGUCUCAGUCCGGAAACCUUGGUAGCUGGAGUGGGGCUGGGAGCAGCAUCUGAUGCUACCCAGGUGACCACCAGCAUCGUGGAAGGCUCACAUGAGUCGCCUGCAACUGCCGAGACAACUCUUGAUAAAGAGGAGGUAGUUGCAAAGGUUCUGCAUGAAAACUGGUCCAGUAUUUCUUCCUUAGAACGGACUCUUUCCCGCCUCAGUCGACUGACCUUCGUUAGGCGGCGACCUCCUCACGAUGGUGGUGGUGGGGACGAUGGUGGCGGUGGGGACAAUGGUGGCAGUGGGGACGAUGCUGGCGGUGGGGACGAUGGCAGAAGGGCGGGGAACGUUUGGCGAGUUGCCGGGGCUCUUCGGGGCCGGGUGCUCUGA